AUGGCGCGUGCGACGUCGCCGCCGAGUCUGGCCUCCGACCGAGUGCUGACCAGCUCGAGGGUGGCAUUGCCAAUCCAGGGCUCUCGUCUUCUUUGGGUCUCGAGCCGCAGGGAGCAUUGUUCAGCGUGCUUGAAACUGCCAACCAAGCGGCACCAUGCCAGGUUCACAUCGGUGUGGUCUGGCGCCAAGUUCGCAUCGUUGUGUAGAGUUCAAGUUCUGAUUCAUUGUUUGCCGUUCGGCGCGGGCCCUCGCACCUUCUCUCGGGUGGGAGAACUAACUGUCCUUGUGUCUUUGGUGCCCGUGCAGAAAUUUUUAGUCUGA